CGUAUUCCAUAGUCAUUAUAGUAGGUAACCUUGAUCAUGCUGAAACUCAAGGAAAAUGUGUCUUUUCAAUGGCAGCCUUUUCAAUUGCACAGCAAGCAAUAUCGUGACUGAAAGCCCUAGCUAGAAAUGCCAUGUAUUUGCUAAGAGAAUGAACUAAGAACAGAAAAAAAAUACUUUUCUACCUCAUGCAGGUGUGACUGAAACUCUACCUCUUUGCUCGUUUGAUUAAGAUGGCAGCUGCUGCCCCUUCACCCCUGGCCAGCUCUGUGGAGAAGACAAAUGGAGCCAAGCUGAGUAGACUUCUCAUUGAUGGUGGAUCAACGGUUCUUAGGACGAUUUUCGACAGAUAUCAUCCCCCAGCAGAUCUGCUGGUUGAUCUCAGUGCAAACUAUCACACUCUGAACAAUCUCUUAAGGAGGAGGGUUUUACAUAAACCUCAGUGGGACCUACUAUUCCCACCUAGUGGGGCCACACCAGACUCAAACACAUUUGAUAUCACUUUGUUAUUCCUCCUUCUAACCAACAUUUGUGGACUCUCCCCUCCCCCCUCGGGUUGGCACACUAAGCCACCCCUUAGUGACACUUCUGUUGAGGCAAACCUUGCUCGCAUCAAGUUUUUCCGCAAUGAGUUGUACGGUCAUGUUACCAGUACUGGUAUUAAUACACCUACUUUCUCUGCUCUGUGGCUGGAAAUUGGUGCUGUUCUUGCUGCUCUUGGUUUGCCUCAGGCGGAAAUUGAUAGAUUGAAGGCAGAGCGUUGUGGGGAGGAAGAAUUCAUUGACGUGUUGUUUGACUGGGCUGAAAGUGAAGAGGAUAUCAAAUCACAGCUGAAGGACAUACGUCAGACUCAACUAGAAGUACAACAAGCUGUUGAUGAAGUGCAUUUGACUCAACUAGAGGAUCGUAGAAUACUUCAGGAUAGCAAGAAGAAACUGGAAGAAGUACAUCAGGUACAGACCGAAACACAGCAAACUGUUGAUGAAGUAUGUCAGUCCCAGAUCCAAACACAGCAAACUGUUGAUGAAGUACGUCAGUCCCAGACUGAAACACAGAAAACCGUUGAUGAAGUACGCCAGUCCCAGAUCCAAACACAGCAAAUUGUUGAUGAAGUACGUCAAAAACAACUAGAAGAUCGUGGGACAAUUCAAGAUAGCAACAUGAAGCUACAAGAGGUAUUUCAGAUCGAGAGAAAAACACAUCAAGUUGUCACAAAUGUUCGUGAAACUCAAACUGAUGAUAGCAAAGUAAUUCAGAAAAUAAGUGAGAGGCAAACGAACACAGAGAGGGGAGUUGCGAAGCUGCUCGACAGACAGGAAGAAUUCCAUCAGAUACUUCAGGAGACAAAGUCAAGAGUAGAAGAAAGCCACGAGAAGCUAUUGACAGCCCAAGAUGAACACUUUGAAGCUAUGCGACAAGAUUUGAAGGAAAGAGGUGAAGACUCUGAAGGGCGAAGAGAAAAGCACAGAGAAAACGAAAUUCUCAAGAAACUCGCUAAGAUUGAUACCUUGAAGAAUGUAAGAGAUCACGCCGACAGAUACGUAGAGGGAACGCGUUUGUCAAUCCUAGCCGAAGUCGAGAGUUGGUUAGAAGACAGAAGUUGCCCAAAUCGUGUGAUGGUGAUCAGUGGAAAUGCUGGGAUGGGGAAGUCUGUAAUCUCAGCCGUUAUGUGUGAAAAGAUGCAAGAAGCUGGGCGGCUAGCCGGAAGCCACUUUUGUCAGCAUGGCAGGGCGCGCCACAGGAAUCCCAAGGUGAUGCUACAGUCUUUAGCCAGUCAGCUGUGUGAUUCUCUGCCAGACUACAAGAAAGCUCUCGUAGAAAAGCUGUCAAGAAAUCUGGGUGUGGAGAUAAACAACAUGGAGGUGAUGGAUCUGUUCGAAGUGCUGUUUGAAGAACCUCUAGCCAGCUUGAACGACCCUGGUUUGACCUAUCUGAUGGUAAUAGAUGGACUGGACGAAAGCGAAUUCCAGGGACGAAAUGAGCUUGUAGACGUAAUUGCUAAUUACUUCCAAAGUCUUCCACUGUGGAUUCGAUUUCUGGUGACAACGCGACCGGAAAGAAACGUAGCAGAAACUCUAAAGAAUUUGCGCCCCUUGCAGCUGGAUCCAAACGUUGAAGAGAACGUGAAGGAUAUUCAAUUCUGCUUUGAAAAGCGACUCGGCCAUUUAUUGCAAUCUGAGCAUCGAGAAAUCAUCUUGCAAGCGCUGGUUCAAAAGUCAGAGGGAGUCAUGCUAUACGCACAUUACCUGGCAGAUUUCAUAAAGAAGGAAGUGCCAGUUUUAACCCCUGAACUGCUGGACAGCAUCUUACCAUCAGGUAUUUCGUCUGUGUACCAAUCGUAUUUCAAACGAUUGGAGACUGAACUUUGUAAGGAACUUAACGUCACGGAAGACCAAUUUUUGACAUUUCUGAGUGCGGUCGCAGCCGCUAGAGAGCCAUUGCCACUCGGUUUCGUUUCUAAAUUGUUGCUACGAGGUAAAUCGACAUCAUUGCUUCAGCGAAAAGUAAGUACGGCAAUUGCUUGUGUCUCGGCACUUUUACCCGUUCAAGACGAUUGUAUUCACUUUUUUCACAAGUCGGUCAAAGACUGGUUGAUUGAAAAAUCCAACUACGGACAGCACCACUUCAUUGUUGCUGAAAAGGAAGGCCAUGAAGUCCUUUCCAAGCUGUGCAUUGUUGAAUUUGAUGAGGUGAAACGAGACGGCGUCAACUGCAAAUAGUUCAGUGACACUACAGAGUACGCACUGCAACAUGGAGUUCAACACAUGCUACAACUAGAGAAUGCGAGAGUAUACAGCCUUGAGGACGUUGUUAAGAAAUUUGUUUUGGACGUAGAGCUUGUGUACGCAAAGUUGUGUGUGAAUGUUACGGCGGCUUCCGAAGACAUUGUUUCCGUCCAGAAGCAAGCGGGCAUCGAAGAACUUCAAAGGGCCCUUAACACUUUGUUGCUCUUGUUAAGAAAGCAUAUCGACACAUUAGAAGAACUCCCUCAUACCAUCUUCCAAGCGUUGUUGAACGAGGGGGGAGAUCCAUUUUCUCCCGAAGCUUCAAGAUUAUUGGAGAGUAAAUAUUCUGAAAUGACCUAUAUGGAAUACUUGCACAAAGAGGAUCUGCAAGGGGGUUUUCGAACCAAAUUUGAAUGUUCAGCUGCCGUAACUUGUUUUGAUGUUUCAUCACGGUUAGACUACAUGGUAUGUGAAUGUGUUGAUCGCACGAUUCAGCUAUGGUCGCUCGAUACUGGUGGGCUGGUAUGGGAACGAGAUGUCAAGGUAGAGAAAAAUUACGACUGUAACUCUGACGAAGAUGACUUCAACUACUAUGAACCAUAUAGACCAGGCCCGACAUAUGGUAGGCAGUCAUUUUAUCGCUCAGUAGUGUUCCAUCCUACAGAGGGCCUUGUCUUACCAGGAAUCCUCAGCCAUGCCUAUACGUUUGACGGGGACUUGAAACCGCUUUUUCUUUCGAGCAAGUGCCGUUUUUCGGUUUGUUCAGUUUCUGCAGACAAGAUCAAGAUGCUAACUGAUUGCACCAACGAUGCCAAAUUAGUCAUCAUGUGGAGUCUCACAGACGGCUCGGAGAUAAAUCGUUUCGCAUGGAAUUGCCAAGUUUCGUCUUUUGCUUGGUCUCGCGAUGGAAGACUGCUAGCAAUUUCUGACCAUUCUGGGUCGAUAACUUUGGUUGACGUCAUGAAUGGUUUUAAAACACUAGCACUGACAUCUACUUCAGUAGUUUGUGGAGCGAUAAAGUUCUCCCUUGACUGUCGAUGCCUUUAUUGCUUGAGUUUAGGCUUUUUUGAUUGCGAUUUCUUUCGUUUAGACGUCAACAUGAAAAAUGACGGCAACUCUUCUUUAGAUGUCUUUCCUGAUGAAGUCUCUUACAAACCCUGGGAAUUUGAAUCGUGUAGUGAGACCGGCUUUUUAUUAGGAGAUCCUUUUUGCUGGUCACCUGAAACAAAUAGCAUCCAACAGCAGCCCAUUCUCGUUUUUGUGCUAAACGAACAAUCUGUGUUGAGAGUUUCUUCUUACUUCAGCAGCGUCAUAGAAAUGUCAAACCUUGAUGAACUGACGAAAAACAGUGCUGGAGUUUCGAAAACUAUUGUGAAGAAAGUCGUAUUAUCAUUGAAUGGUGACGCUCUGUACGUUAUCACUGAAACAAGUGGGACCCCAGCAACACUAAAAGCUUGGGACAUUUCAAGUGGCAUGUUCAAAGCAGAGAAAAACGAUUUUGAUUAUAUUCACUAUAUUCUAGUAGCUGUAAGAGAAGGUGUUCUUUUGCGAACCAGAGGGGACACCCUUGAGUUGUGGAAUUUUGAGUUGUCUGAGUGCAUCCGAAGUUGGACUGACUUAGGGGAUAUCACUGAAGUAAUCCCCAUAUCAGAAGAACAAGUGACCUGUGUAGAGAGGGCCCGUGAAGAAGAUAGCACUAGUGAAGAGGAGAGCGCCUGUGAAAAGGAGAGCGCCUGUGAAAAAGAGAGCGCCUGUGAUGCACGGAGUAAAGUCAUCGUUGUGGAUACAAGCAGGGAAGGCAUUGUGUCAACAGUCAAUUUACGUGGUGAUUUUAUUACAUGUAACAGUAAAUGCCACGUGAUGUCCGUUGAGUACAGUAAUCAGGAUGUGUAUGGUGUAUUGCAGAUGCAGUGCGGCGACAAAGUUCUCUGGAAGAUGGAGGAACCGGUGUUUAGCGCCGAUUGGCAUACCUCUGGUCAAUCAUUUUCUCCUACUGAACAGUAUUGUGUACUUGCUGGAAGACGACGAUUUGCCGAGGAUUUUAACCUAAACCUUUACGUCCUCGAUGCACUUUUAGGAAAGAUACUCCACACGUUAUGUUCAUGUAAUCAUAUUUUUGGUGGUGAGCCUUACUAUAAGUUUGUUAGUGAAGAGGAGUGCGUUACCUGCUUCGGUGAUGAAGUGAUCGGUGCUUUUCUUCAGCUGUUUAAUGUCAAGUCUGGUGACCUGCUAAGUGAAAUAGCUUUGGAAAGCCGUGUGUACAGUUUAGCAGCUUGUCUGCCUAAGCGUCUUAUCGCCAUUGGCUUUGAGGAUUCCAAAGUGAAUUUCAAAGUUCUUCAGGUGAAGUUGCCGCGAGAUGAAGACAGCAGGAAGAGGAAAAGGUGAAAUAUUACUAAGAACCCGGCAAAGUUGCAGUGCAACGACUACUGAGAGUAUUUGACCAAUCACAACACGACUUUGAAACUAAAGAUUCUGAGUUUAUCUGUGGUCUCACUAAUCAUGUUCGAGCAGCGCGAUAUCUUAAGUAGUCCUUCGAACAGAAAUUUUAGAUUGCCUGGUCAUUACGUUCAAAUUUCGUCGACUUGAACAACGCAAUAAGCGAACGAUGAAGUUAAUUCGAGUUGAACCCAGCGCAUAGGAACAAAUUCUUCGCAGUCUAGCAACAAAAAAUGAUAAUUUUAAAACA